CGAUCAAUUUCUUACGUAUCUGUGGUGGCAAUUCCUUCUGGUACCAUUUUCGCUGGCUGCCUAGCUAUCUGCCCUCAGCUGUGAAGUGCUUUCUCUGGGUUAUUUUUUCUAAAUAAUUAGUGAAAGUGUUUGAAUUCUCAGAGUAUGGUGGUGCUGAAGAGGUAUGUGUUGCGAUUGUUCAUAUCUUUGAAGUACAUAACUGCAAAUGUAGUAGAUAGGAAUAAUGGUCGGAUAGUUGCAACAUCAUCUAGUGUUGAACAAUCACUGAAGAACUCAUUUGAAUGUGGGCGGACCUGCAAUGCCAAGGCUGCAGCAGUUGUGGGAGAAGUAUUGGCGAUGCGCCUUAAAGUGGAUGGCCUUGAUCAAGGAGGGGGAAACGGGAUCCAUGUCAACGUAAACAAGGAGGUUGAGAAGAAGGGUUUCAAGAACCGAACAAAGGUGUGGGCUAUAGUAAAUGGCCUUAAGAACAACGGAGUUAAACUUGUCUUGGAUGAUGAUGCUUUUCAUGAAGUUUCCGGCCCAAGCAACUGAUGAAGCUGAGGAACGUUAACCCCAAACUUGUGUUUCUACAUUGAUGAUGUUUUGGGAUCUUAGAGAGUUGACCCCAAUAAUGCCUAACCCCACUGCUUACUUUUAAGUAAUGAUGAGCAAAAGAAAAUCCUUUUUCACAAAGUGAAAGUAAGCACUGCUAGUCAAAGAGAUCAUAAAAGCUAUAUAGCAGCCCACAGCCAUGUUGCACAUUUCCUUUCCUUUUUCUGUUAAUGUUUCAGCCUCAAAAGUGAAGCUACUUAAAGUUGAAAUAUACAGUCCCUUCUUUA